AUGAUGGCGACAACCAUUUUGCAGACCACGGCCCUGCUUCACCCCUCGCCUGAUAUCUUCGACGUGAACUGGGAUGUUGUUCUCGUCUCUGACGUGAUACUCCAGAUAACCUGUUCAAUCCAUCAUGUGUACGUGCCAGAUCUCGCUUGCUUUAAGCUGGGUACCGGUCUCGAAAUCGCCGUCCUGGCUAGUAGAAUUAGUGAGGUCAACGUCCGGAGGCUAGUCAAGCUGUUGGGCAAUCUGCUUGAGGUCGUCGGGGCGCGAGAUGCCUAUGCGAAUGCUGGCGACAUCGCAAUCGACUUUCUAAGCUUGAUGCAAUACGGCGUCGCUCUGCCUGGCGAGGCCCUUGUCCUUCAAACUGCGGUGGGCCCAAGUCCCCACGGUUGUGAGGUAAACGACACUCGUGGUCGUGGGAUCGGUCGAAUCCAGGUCGUCAAUGUGAGCGAUCAAAUCCUCGAUACCGCUGUCCAGCGUUCUGGAAGCCUCUCCAGUGCGGGCAGUCGAAGUCGUGGCGAAGAAAUAGUGUACCUUCAGAUCCGCGGUGAAUGCAAUAGCAAAGCAAGUAGAUAG